AUGUCUGUAGAAAACAUGGACAUUGAGGAACUUUAUGUCGUCGUAGAUUCAAAUAAACCAAACUUAAAUGACAAGACAAGUAAAACUUUAAAAAGACCAGGACUUGACUCGCAAACUGUUACAAAUGGUAUUGAAAAGUACCAUCCGCAGGCUUUCAAAGAGAGUCGAACAGGCUUUGUGUAUGACAUACGAAUGCGGUACCACGGCAAUUUACACGAAGGCGAAUACCAUCCAGAAGAUCCAAGUCGAAUAAGUGGGAUUGCAAAGAUCUUGGAAACUUACAACUGCACCGAAAGACUUGUAAGAAUACCGGCUAGAGAAGCCACUAAAGAAGAGGUAUGUCUAGUGCACUCUGUAAAGCACUGGAACGAAGUGGAUAAAACUGCAGGAAUGAAAUUCGACCAGCUGGUUGAAACCGGUGAUCAGUAUAACUCUGUUUAUCUGAAUAACGAUUCUGCUUUUUGUGCACGCCUUGCAUGUGGUGGAGUGAUUGAACUAUGCAAGGCAGUUAUGCAAGGAACGGUGACAAAUGGUUUCGCAAAUGUUCGACCUCCCGGACACCAUGCCGAACCUGAGGAAGCAAUGGGGUUUUGUCUCUUUAAUAAUGUCGCUGUCACAGCAAAAUGUUUAAGAGAAUAUCAUAAUGUGAAUAAAAUACUAAUUUUGGAUUGGGAUAUUCACCAUGGCAAUGGAACACAAAAAGCUUUUUAUAGUGAUCCAAAUAUAGUCUACUGUUCAAUACAUCGUUACGAGAAUGGAGAAUUCUAUCCUGGUUCUGAACAAGCCAAUUAUACUUUUUUUGGAUCCGGUGAGGCAAAAGGAAAAACAAUUAAUAUUCCUUGGCCUCGUGCUGGGAUGUAUGACAGUGAUUAUAUUUACGCCUUCGAUAAAGUUGUAAUGCCUAUAGCUGAUGAAUUCUCGCCUGAUAUUGUUAUAGUAUCAGCGGGAUUCGAUGCUGCCGAAGGCGAUCCGAUUGGUGAAAAUCAUGUAUCACCAAUAGCUUUUGGACACAUGACUCAUCGGCUAAAAAGUAUAGCCAAUGGAAGACUGGUAUUAGCGCUAGAGGGUGGUUAUAAUAUUGAUUCCAUAAGCCGAUCCGCUCUGGCUUGCGUUAAAGUCUUGCUCGGCGAAGCACCCGAAAGGCUUCCUCCUAUCAAACCAAGCAAAGAUUGCAUGGAAACUGUACAUAAUGUAUUGCGUGUGCAAUCGCGCUAUUGGAAAUCAUUGGCACCGGAACAUGUUGAAAUUGCUGAAGAUACGAUAACCAAGCAAGAUUGUGCUAUAAUUGAUAUCGACUUUUCUUCGAAUCCGGGAGAUAAUCAAUCACGUCACGAUUUAAAUGAACUGUUGUUAUAUGUGUGGGAUAACAUGAUACUUCAUACAGCGGCUAGACAUGUGUUUUUAUUAGGAGCAGGUAUUGGAUGUUCUAGCUUUACAAAUCUAAUCACCGAGAGAGAACCAAUGAUACUCGACAGAGUUGGUGGUGUAAUUAUGGUACCAAGUGAAAUUGAAGUACCAAAGGUUGGACGUGGUACAAACCUUAUUGAUUGGUAUUAUGAACAUUCAUGUAUAUUCGUUCCCGAGGAUCAUCCUUACUGGGAGAAAAAGCAAAAAUCUAAAGUAUUUGGGCGUUGUAAAUUACCAGUUGGAAACAUGGGAGUUGCUCCUGUCCCCGAAAUACUUGAUCAAUGUCACCAAGAAAUUUUCCGAUACGUUUAUACUAUACUCGCCGAAAAGUUAAGUUACGAGAAUUCCAAACCCACAUCGUCGUCCACAUUUGUGAUAUUGCAAGCAAAACACGGGAAUCCGUUUGUAGCGUGA